UCCGCCUCUGAGGUUCCACGGGCUCGCUGGUAUUUAUACCCACGGCACAUCGGGGCUCGGUCCCAGAGGAAAGGAGCUCUCGCCUCUGUGCUUUUCCCCCAGGUCCCCCUGAGCACCAAGCGCUGCCGGCCCCACCAUGUGCGAGGAGGAAACCACUGCCCUGGUCUGCGACAACGGCUCCGGCCUCUGCAAGGCCGGGUUCGCCGGCGACGAUGCCCCUCGUGCCGUCUUCCCCUCCAUCGUGGGGCGGCCCCGGCACCAGGGUGUCAUGGUGGGCAUGGGGCAGAAGGACAGCUACGUGGGCGACGAGGCGCAGAGCAAGAGGGGGAUCCUCACGCUCAAAUACCCCAUCGAGCACGGCAUCAUCACCAACUGGGACGACAUGGAGAAGAUCUGGCACCACUCCUUCUACAACGAGCUGCGUGUGGCCCCCGAGGAGCACCCGACCCUGCUCACCGAGGCACCCCUCAACCCCAAGGCCAACCGCGAGAAGAUGACCCAGAUCAUGUUCGAAACCUUUAACGUCCCCGCCAUGUACGUGGCCAUCCAAGCCGUGCUCUCCCUCUAUGCCUCCGGCCGCACCACCGGCAUCGUCCUGGACUCUGGGGACGGCGUCACCCACAACGUGCCCAUCUACGAGGGCUACGCCCUGCCCCACGCCAUCAUGCGUCUCGACCUGGCCGGCCGCGACCUCACCGACUACCUCAUGAAGAUCCUCACCGAGAGGGGCUACUCCUUCGUCACCACCGCCGAGAGGGAAAUCGUGCGCGACAUCAAGGAGAAGCUCUGCUACGUGGCCCUGGACUUCGAGAACGAGAUGGCCACGGCCGCCUCCUCCUCCUCGCUGGAGAAGAGCUACGAGCUCCCCGACGGGCAGGUCAUCACCAUCGGCAACGAGCGCUUCCGCUGCCCCGAGACCCUCUUCCAGCCCUCCUUCAUCGGCAUGGAGUCCGCCGGGAUCCACGAGACGACCUACAACUCCAUCAUGAAGUGCGACAUCGACAUCCGCAAGGACCUCUACGCCAACAACGUCCUGUCCGGCGGCACCACCAUGUACCCCGGCAUCGCCGACCGCAUGCAGAAGGAGAUCACGGCGCUGGCUCCCAGCACCAUGAAGAUCAAAAUCAUCGCCCCGCCGGAGCGGAAGUACUCGGUGUGGAUCGGCGGCUCCAUCCUGGCGUCCCUCUCCACCUUCCAGCAGAUGUGGAUCAGCAAACCCGAGUACGACGAGGCCGGACCCUCCAUCGUCCACCGAAAAUGCUUCUAAGCCCCCUCCCCACCCCGCGGGGGCCCCCCGUGCCCAGGCUGGGGUGUCCCGCUCCUCCUCGGACCCCGCUGCUCCUCCCCACCGCCCACCGCGCAUUAAAAAGCCUUUUCUCCA